AUGGCGGGAAAUGAUUGGAUAAAUAGUUACCUGGAGGCGAUACUGGAUGUUGGGCCUGGGAUUGAUGAUGCUAAAUCGUCACUGUUGCUCCGGGAGAGGGGCCGGUUUAGCCCGACUCGGUACUUCGUCGAGGAGGUCGUCAGUGGAUUCGAUGAGACCGAUCUCCAUCGCUCCUGGGUUAAAGCUCAAGCAACUCGGAGUCCGCAAGAGAGGAACACAAGGCUGGAGAACAUGUGCUGGCGGAUUUGGAAUUUGGCUCGCCAGAAAAAGCAGCUCGAGGGAGAGGAAGCACAGAGGACAGCCAAACGCCGUCUUGAACGUGAAAGAGGUCGCAGAGAUGCUGUUGUGGAUAUGUCUGAAGACUUAUCUGAGGGGGAGAGAGGAGAUGCAGUUGGUGAUAUGUCUGCUCACGGUGAAAGCAAUCGGGGUCGGUUGCCUAGAAUUAGUUCCAUUGAUACUAUUGAGGCCUGGGCUAGUCAACAAAAGGGGAAGAAGAUGUACAUUGUAUUGAUCAGUCUUCAUGGACUGAUACGUGGUGAAAACAUGGAACUUGGCCGUGAUUCUGAUACUGGCGGUCAGGUGAAGUAUGUUGUUGAAUUGGCAAGGGCUCUAGGUUCAAUGCCUGGUGUAUACCGUGUUGAUUUGCUUACCAGACAAGUCUCAGCACCAGAUGUAGACUGGAGUUAUGGUGAACCCACAGAGAUGCUGCCUCCUAGAAAUUCAGAAGGUUUAAUGGAUGAGAUGGGGGAGAGUAGUGGUGCUUAUAUCAUUCGAAUUCCUUUUGGACCGAAAGAUAAAUAUAUUCCAAAAGAACUCCUGUGGCCAUAUAUCCCUGAAUUUGUUGAUGGUGCUCUUGGCCACAUGAUACAGAUGUCCAAGGUUCUUGGUGACCAAAUUGGUAAUGGACAUGCAGUCUGGCCUGUUGCUAUACACGGGCAUUAUGCAGAUGCAGGUGACUCCGCUGCUCUUUUAUCUGGUGCUCUGAAUGUGCCUAUGCUUUUCACUGGUCAUUCUCUGGGCCGAGAUAAGCUGGAACAGCUUUUGAGACAAGGCCGACUGUCGAGGGAUGAGAUAAAUACAACGUAUAAAAUAAUGCGUAGAAUAGAGGCGGAAGAAUUAUCUCUUGAUGCCUCUGAAAUAGUCAUAACUAGCACGAGGCAGGAGAUAGAGGAGCAGUGGCGUUUGUAUGAUGGUUUUGAUCCAAUACUAGAGCGUAAACUGCGUGCUAGAAUCAAGCGCAAUGUUAGCUGCUAUGGAAGGUCCAUGCCUCGUAUGGUUGUAAUUCCACCUGGGAUGGAAUUUAAUGACAUUGUUCCCCACGAAGGUGACAUGGAUGCUGAAACAGAAGUGAAUGAAGAUGGAAAGUCACCAGAUCCUCCUAUUUGGUCAGAGAUAAUGAGGUUCUUUUCAAACCCAAGGAAGCCUAUGAUACUUGCCCUUGCCAGGCCAGAUCCAAAGAAAAACCUCACAACCUUGGUCAAAGCAUUUGGUGAAUGUCGACCAUUAAGAGAGCUUUCUAACCUUACGUUAAUAAUGGGUAACCGAGACAAUAUUGAUGAGAUGUCAAGUACAAAUUCUUCUGUUCUUUUGUCAAUCCUUAAGUUGAUUGAUAAGUAUGAUCUCUAUGGGCAAGUGGCAUAUCCUAAGCAUCACAGGCAAUCUGAUGUUCCUGACAUCUACCGUUUGGCAGCAAAGACAAAGGGUGUUUUCAUCAAUCCAGCUUUCAUUGAGCCUUUUGGACUUACUCUAAUUGAGGCUGCUGCAUAUGGUUUACCCAUUGUUGCCACAAAAAAUGGUGGUCCUGUGGACAUACACAGGGUUCUUGACAAUGGUCUCCUUGUUGAUCCCCACGAUCAGCAGUCCAUUGCUGAUGCUCUUUUGAAGCUGGUUGCGGACAAGCAUCUCUGGGCAAAGUGCAGAUCAAAUGGACUGAAAAAUAUUCACCUUUUCUCUUGGCCAGAACACUGUAAGACAUACCUAACUAAAAUAGCAGGUUGCAAACCAAGGCAACCACGUUGGUUGAGAAACGAUGAUGAUGAUGAAAAUUCGGAAUCAGAUUCACCAAGUGAUUCCUUGAGAGAUAUACAGGACAUCUCCUUAAACUUAAAGUUUUCUCUCGAUGGAGAUAAAAAUGAGAGUCAAGAAAAUGUUGAUGAGUCUUUAAACCCUGAAGAUCGUAAAAGUAAGCUAGAAAAUGCUGUUUUGUCAUGGUCUAGGGGUGUUCUGAGGAGUGCACAGAAAUCUGGAUCCACUGAUAAAGGAGACCAGAACUCUGCUGCCAGUAAGUUCCCAGCAUUGAGGAGGAGGAAAUAUAUUUUCGUGAUUGCUGUUGAUUCUGACACAAGUACAGAUCUUUCUGAAAGUGUUCGGAAGAUUUUUGAGGCUGUAGAGAAGGAAAGGACUGAAGGCUCAAUUGGAUUUAUUUUAGCUACAUCCUUCAACAUUACAGAAUUGCGUUCUUUUCUGAGUACAGAGGGCUUAAACUCUACCGAUUUUGAUGCAUUUAUUUGCAAUAGUGGGGGCGAUCUUUAUUAUUCAUCUCUUCAUUCAGAUGAUAACCCCUUUGUAGUGGACUUGUAUUAUCAUUCACAAAUUGAGUACCGCUGGGGUGGUGAAGGUUUGAGAAAGACUUUGGUGAGAUGGGCAUCUUCUAUAACAGAUAAGAAGGGAGAAAAAGAAGAUCACCUUGUCGUUGAAGAUGAAGAGACUUCAGCUGACUACUGCUAUUCUUUCAAAGUUCGGAAGCCUGAAGUGGUUCCCCCUGUUAGGGAAAUAAGGAAGAUAAUGAGAAUUCAGGCUCUACGCUGUCAUGUUAUAUAUUGUCAAAAUGGAAGUAAGAUUAAUGUAAUUCCAGUAAUGGCCUCUCGAUCCCAAGCACUCAGGUAUUUAUAUCUUCGUUGGGGUAUGGACUUAUCAAAGGUGGUGGUUUUUGUUGGGGAAAGUGGGGACACCGACUAUGAAGGAUUGCUGGGUGGUAUACACAAGUCUGUAGUACUGAAAGGAGUUUGCAGCAGUGCAAAUAACCUACUCCAUGCUAACAGAAGCUACCCUCUUACAGACGUCAUAGCGCUCGACAGUCCGAAUGUUGUUUGGACGACUGAAGUAUGUAGCAGUGCUGAUCUACGGGGCUCUUUGGAAGAGCUCGGGGUCCUCAAGGACUGA